AUGGUGCAUUUUACUGCCGAGGAGAAGGCUGCUAUCACUGGCCUGUGGGGCAAAGUCAAUGUGGAAGAGGCUGGAGGCGAGGCUCUAGGCAGGCUCCUGGUUGUCUACCCCUGGACCCAGAGGUUCUUUGAUAGCUUUGGCAACCUGUCCUCUGCCUCUGCCAUAAUGGGAAACCCCAAGGUCAAGGCCCAUGGCAAGAAGGUGCUGACCUCCUUUGGAGAAGCUAUUAAGAAUUUGGACAACCUCAAAGGUGCCUUCGCUAAGCUGAGUGAGCUGCACUGUGACAAGUUGCACGUGGAUCCUGAGAACUUCAGGCUCCUGGGCAAUGUGAUUGUGAUUAUUCUGGCUACUCAUUUUGGCAGAGAAUUCACCCCUGACGUGCAGGCUGCCUGGCAGAAGCUGGUGUCUGGUGUUGCCACUGCUCUGGCCCACAAGUACCACUGA